AUGCCAUGCAAAAAGCCUCUGGGCAAAUACCUCAAGGAUCCCUUGGAGUCAGACCGCUCCACGCACGCCCAUGGCUACGCCGAGGAAGACGACCUAGUGGCACGGUCGUACAUCAAGCUGAUUAUCCACAAGGAUCAGGUCAAGUAUGUUAGCAAGACGCAGACAAAAUACGAUACCUGGCAGGCGCUCAAGGACAUCCACGAAGGAGCCUCCACAACUUACCUGCUCACACUGAUGACGGAGAUCAACAACCCCCGCUGGACCAGCGACUACUGCGAGCUCUUCCGCAAGCUCGAAGCUGCCGGCGACUUGAUCCGAGAGUGCGCCAAUGCAACGAAGCUCUUGGUACUGAUGCCCGAACAGUUCCACAACACAGUGUUGCACAUCAACCGCAACCACUCAACCCAGCCCAAGUACAAGACCCGAGCUGCGAGCCGACCACGAACUCCAAUUCUUCCGACUGGAGCCGGCCAAGCACAUCGGACCAACGAUGUGGCGUUCCAGGCAAACCGCAGAAAACACGUGCUUCUACUGCACGAAGCCCGGUCAUUGUUCAAAACCCAACUCCAAAUGGCUACCUACGCGUCGGACGGAACCAAAUCUAGCGCCGAGGUCGAGCGGGUCGCGGCAGGGGAAACAACCGACAAGAUCACGCCCACGACGCCGCAGAAGAAAUCUUCUUCCUAA